ACCCCGGUUGAACCAAUAAACCAGUGAACCAGUGACCUCACCGGUUUAUUGACCGGUCCGGUUCUCGUAACCUUGGAUUUUAGACAUAAGAUUUCUCCAUUCCAUGAACAAAUUUUUUUUUUCCAUUUUUGUUUUUUUUUGGGCUUCGGCCCGUCUAAUCAUUUAUAGUGUAUAUAUAAAAAAAAAUCACCAAAACAUUUAUUUGGUGACUAAUUUUAAUAUAAAUGUAAAUAGUGGAUUGCAAAAUUAUUAAUAAUCCAUGGUUGAUAUAUUUUCCAUGUUUUGUUCAUAACCCAAGGCUCAUAUAUUGAUAAAUAUUUUUUAAUUUUCUUUUAGAAGUAUAAUUAGAAACGAAGGCACCCCCAAAUAUGUAGGUGACAACAAACUUUUUUGACAUUAUUUGCAUCAUGACAUGGAUACAAUAGUUUUGUUCUUUGAUUUCAUCAUAUUGCAUUGGUUAAUUAAGCAAAACCCCUUGCUUUAUCAUCAUUCCUUCCCUCCCUUCUCCCACACUUAACCAACUAACACCAGCACUACCACCUACUUUUGUUAUUACCCUCUCUUAGUCUUGUCCUUGCACUUCAAGAAAAAGAAUAUGCUUUACACUCCAAUCAUUAUAAAUUUCAACCAAUUUGUUGAGCCACAACUAAAGUUGGUUUGUAACAGACUUUGCUCCUAGGUUGUUAACCUCCAUAUAAUCCACCCCAUUCCUUCCACGUUCUUUCAUUGUUUCAAGUUCAAUUUUCUCAGUUAAUAAGGUUAGAAUGAGUACAGCCAGAUUUAUCAAGUGUGUCACUGUUGGAGAUGGUGCAGUUGGAAAGACAUGCAUGCUUAUAUCCUAUACUAGCAAUACCUUUCCCACCGAUUAUGUUCCAACAGUGUUUGACAACUUCAGUGCUAAUGUGGUGGUGGAUGGUAGUACUGUCAAUGUUGGUUUAUGGGAUACUGCAGGACAGGAAGAUUACAACAGGCUAAGGCCCUUAAGCUACAGAGGAGCUGAUGUGUUUUUAUUAUGCUUUUCUUUAAUCAGUAAAGCAAGUUAUGAGAACAUUUCCAAAAAGUGGAUACCUGAGCUGAGACAUUAUGCUCCAAAUGUGCCUAUUGUGCUGGUUGGAACAAAACUGGAUUUGAGGGAAGACAAGCAAUUUUUCGUUGAUCAUCCUGGAGCUACAAGAAUAACAACUGCUCAGGGUGAAGAAUUGAAGAAGAUGAUUGGUGCAAUCACUUACAUAGAGUGCAGUUCUAAAACACAGCAGAAUGUGAAGAUAGUUUUUGACUCUGCAAUAAAAGUUGCACUGAGACCACAAAAACCAAAGAAAAAACCACGCAAGAGAAGGACUUGUUUUUUCUUCUAAGUAGUAUUUCUUAUUCAGUUGUUCUUAUUGUAUUUCUGAAAUCAUUAAUAUAACAGAAUCGAAAACACUAAACUUUAGUGUUUUUUAUUCUUUUACAUUAUUGCUGCGAAGAACAUUAGGCUUCUUUUUAAGUCUGGAAAAUGAAAUUUAGUACUGCAUUGUUGAAUUAAUUAUUUUUUUUCUCCAAUUUUCGUUUCUCUGUAAUAUUGCAUAGGUCCAAUAUUUGGAUUUUGAAAGUGGAGUAUCCACUUUUGCAAUUGAUAGUUUUUUGUUUCUA